CAGGAGGGUAGUAUGUUGUCAUGGCCCCGUUCAGGGAGCUAUUGUGUCGGGAGACCCAUUUAAAUGGCACACGGUUACUGAUGGACAACUGUUGUUGAUUUCAGGAUGAAUGACAUGAACCUGAGUCCUGUGGGCAUGGACCAGCUCAGUGUGCCCUCAGUGAGUGCCAGCCACCUGGGUCUGCCCACCUCCCCCACACACAACCCCAUUCCCACCCCAGGUAUGCCAGUGGCCAUCCCCAGCCUGGGUCCUUCCCUGGGCUCCCUCCCCUCUGCUCUGUCGCUGAUGUUACCCAUGGGUCCUCUGGGGGACAGGGGAGUGAUGUGCGGCCUGCCGGAGAGGAACUACUCCUUGCCACCCCCUCCGUACCCCCACCUGGAGAGCAGCUACUUUCGACACAUAUUGCCAGGUAUCCUGUCUUAUCUGGCCGACCGUCCACCGCCUCAGUACAUUCACCCCAGCAGCCUUAACAUGGAUGGGACCCUGUCUGUGGCCAGCAACAAUCCUUCAGGUCUGGACCCCUACAGUGGCCCUGGAGGCCCACUGGAGCAGGGCCUGGUGCCCAUGGAUUCUAGACAGGUCAGUGGCCAGGGAGACCUCCACCAGGCUGCUGCACAUGAGCUGGACUCCACAGGGUUGACCAUGGAGUCGCGUGUCAGCAGCCCCAUGUCCCCUGACAGGAUGGGAGAGGAGCUGGCCACCAUGGACGGGGUUGGGGUGGUGUCUGACAACCAGCAGCAGCUUGGAGGGGGAAGGCAGCCUCAGCCGCACGAGGGCCUGACUGGGGUGGACUCCUCUGGUGGGGUGAUGCCCCUGCAUGGACCACCUGUGCUCGAGCUACCAGUGGUGAUGGAGCCGGAUCAUAUGGGGGGGCGAGUGGGCAAUGCUGGGGGAGGAGGGGCAGGAGGGCUCGGAGAGCAGCUUCACACAAACGGGGAGCUGAACUCAGGUGUUGUCAGUGUGGUGCUCACUGGCUCCAUGGCCAGCCAGGGCCAGCUGGAGCCAGUGUCCCUCCAUGGGCACUCUGGGAUGGGGCUGGAGGCAGUAAAUGUGUCUCCCAUCACUGCAGAGGUGUCGCUGGGGCCAGAAAACAACCUGGUGCUGGUCAACUCCAGCCUGCAGCUCGAGGAUUCGACCUCCAACAAGGAGAACAUGGUCACUGCUUACACCAUCUGGUGCACACUAUGUGAGCGUUCAUAUACCUCAGACUGCCCAGAGCACGGCCCAGUCACCUUCAUCCCUGACACGCCCAUCCAGAGCCGGGCUCGCCUCUCUCUCCCACGUCCACUGUGCCUUCGCAUCUCAGUGGCUGACGAACCGCUUGGAGUUUAUGCGCGGGACGUUAUUCCUCCGAGGACCUGCUUCGGACCAAUGGUUGGCCAGCACUGUAGCAAUGUGGAUCUCUCUGAUUGGCCAGAAAAAGACACACCUCAGUUAUGGAAGAUGUACCACAACAAUGUGCUGGAGUUCUACAUCGUGACAACAGAUGAAAAUGAAUGCAACUGGAUGAUGUUUGUCCGCAAGGCAAGGACCCGUGAUGAGCAGAACCUGGUGGCGUACCCUGCCAAUGGUAAACUGUUCUUCUGUACAACCACAGAGAUCCACCCGGACCAGGAGCUGCUCUUCUACUACAGCAGAGACUACUGCAGGCUGAUGGGCAUUCCUCAGGUGCCUGAGGGCCAGAUCUGCCAUUGUGGCAAAGAGUGCUCCUCCUUUUCUGAGCUCAAGUCUCAUCUUAAUAGCCAUAACAGUAACCACAGCCAUAACCAACCUCCUCCGCACAGCCACAGCCCAUCGCAGCAGGACCACUCUCAGCAGCAACUAACACAGCAGCAGCAGCAGCAGCAAGAGCAACAACCACAGCAACAGCAACACACUCACCAGGAAGAGAAGCUGACCAACGGGACCUCAAGCUCCUCCUCGUCGCCAUGGCCCUGUCACACGCACGCUGCUGGACAAACAAACGGAGAUAACAACAGCGGCGGCGGCUGCAGGAGCAGCGGUAAUAGGAACGCUAACAACGUUACCUCCAGAACAAACUCUAAAGGUCAGGGCCACGCACGGGAGAAGAAAUUCAAGUGCAGCAUGUGUUCACGAGCCUUCAGCACAUCCACUAAGCUUAACGUGCACUUCAUGGGGCAUGUGGGAAUGAAGCCUCACAAGUGUGAAUACUGCAGCAAGGCUUUUAGUGACCCCAGCAACCUCAGGAUGCACCUCAAGAUUCACACAGGUCAGAAGAACUACAGAUGCACAGUUUGUGAGAAGUCGUUCACACAGAAAUCCCACGUGGCGUCGCAUAUGCUCAUCCACACCGGUGCAGAGAAACUCAAGUGUGACCUCUGUGACCGGGCCUUCAUCAGGAAACAUGACCUAAAACAGCACAUGUUCUCUCACACCCAUGAACGGCGGAUUCAGUGCCCGAAGUGCAACAAACAUUUUCUCAAGACCAACCACCUGAAGAAGCACAUGAACUCUCACGAGGGCCGGAGAGACUUUGUCUGUGAGAAAUGCCACAAAGCUUUCCUCACCAAAUACCACCUCACCCGUCACCUGAAGAUAUGUAAAGGACCCAAGACGGAAAGAACGUCCCGCAAGGAGCAGGACGUAGAUGAGGACGAGGAGGAAGAGGAUGAAGAGGAGGAUGAUGGCAGGAUGAGAGGAGGAGGAGGAAGAGGAGAGAGACUUGUUGACUCGGCUGGAAAUGAUGACUGCGGUUUAGACGUUGGCGGAUAUAACUCUGAGAAGUCCCUGUCACCCCCUCAAUAACAUCUCUGUGCCUCUUUCACCUACUUUCCUACAUCACUCAUGUUUACCUCCUAGUUUUUGCCAAAUUUCAGUCACUUUGUCAAAAUUGAAAUUGCAACAUCUUACAUAGUCAAUACAUUUUAUUUUGCCAGAAUUUUACAAUCGGUUAUUUAGUCACGAGCGUACCAGUGCUGCUAAAAUAAUCUUGUUCAUAUUAUAAGCCAACCAAUUAAGAUCAGACUGAUUUUUCUUUUUUCAUUUAACUCAGGCCUGUUUAAUAUUAUUGGUUGACGGGGUUCGUAUAAGCUAUCUUUCAUUCACUGUUAUUUCUUUAUUUUUUUCAACAGAAUGGAGUGAACGGCUGAUAUACAUUUGUAGCUGCGCAUUAAUGUCAAUUACUGAUGCCAUAUUCUUGCAUUUUAGUCCUGAUCAUGUGUAAUUACUAACAGGCCUGCGCUUCUGUUUCUUUAUUUAUUAAAAGCAGGAUUUUGUAUUCCUUUCAUUUUUAUUUAAGACGGUUGUGUGAAUGGAAGUGACACUCUUGAAAACAGGAAACUGGGCAUUCUGUGAUAUUCCUCGUUGUGUGAGCGUUGACUAAAUGUAAUAAUAAUGCUGUCAUAGCUCCAUCCUAUCUGUC